AUGCUUCGACUCCUCCUCCACGCUUCGACUCCUCCUCCACGCAUCGACUCCGGCGCACUCAUCGACUCCGGCGCACGCAUCGACUCCGGCGCACGCAUCGACUCCGGCGCACGCAUCGACUCCGGCGCACGCAUCGACUCCGGCGCACGCAUCGACUCCGGCGCACGCAUCGACUCCGGCGCACGCAUCGACUCCGGCGCACGCUUCGACUCCGGCGCACGCAUCGACUCCGGCGCACGCAUCGACUCCGGCGCACGCAUCGACUCCGGCGCACGCAUCGACUCCGGCGCACGCUUCAACGCUUUGACGCAGCACGCUUCAUCGCCGUACCUCGGUCGGCGCACACGCUUCCACCUUCGCAGGAACGCGAUGCCGCAACGCCGCACCAAAGCUCUGCUACAACGCCGCGACGGUGGCCUGCUGCAACGCUGGCCUGCUAAGACUGCAUGA